AUGGAGUUUGAGGAACAGGUGGAUCAGAUGGUGGAAGCAAAACUUUGUAGUAGAACCUCGCAUCAUACAAGGUGGCGUAUAAGCAGCCAGUGUGUGCGGUCUAACUUGGAAGUGAGGAAGUUCAGCAGGGCAGGACAAAGAGGAGGAGAUGAGUAUCUUUGCCGUUUCGGAAGUGGAUCAAGGAGUAUAUGUGCAGUGGGUGACGUGACUGUAGUGCCUGGAGUGGUGGUGUUGAUCAACACCAUUGCUGCAGAUGAUUCCCAUCAACUGCUUCGUCAGCUGCGUCUUGUGGUUGCUUGCUUCUUGCUCGAUUUCGCUCCUUCAAACGUUGAAUCAUGGUCUGUUCCUGAUGAGUGUCGAUUGACACCAAGGUCGUGUUGGUCAACACUGAGACUUGGUGUUGAGUGGGUGGGCUUGGUGAGUAGAAUAGCUGGAAUGACUAGCAUAGAACAUAUCUGGCGUGUUGUAGUCAUCAAGUUGAAUAGCACGAAGUGCAAGCCUAGUAUGGUGGAUAUGACAGCCUUUAGAAUGAACUAUUGGGUGUUCAAGACAGACUCUGUUAAUCCGAAUUGGCUGGAUUCCGAAUUGGCAAAGUCAGCCUCGAAGGCUAGAAAAGAGGUUAAAGAUCACGGAAUGGAGCUGAUCGAGGGGGCCAUCCGCUUUAUUCAAACUGAGAAGGCUCAAUCGCAGCUCGAAUCGGACAUCAAGGAAUCCAAGCUGAAUGCCACUUUGAAAGACAAAAAAGAACGUCUUGCGGCUUUCCCUGCUUCACCCUUUGAUCCUCAACUUUACGAAGAAUUUUUCACCGAGUCACCCCCAUUAGGUGAAACGGGACUUGAUUGGGUUGCCGGGGUGCCUAUCACACUGAUCCCAACCAUCAAAUACAACUCUAUCCAACCAAAGGUGCCUUUGAUUGUGAACAACGAUCCGGUGAUGGUCUUGAAUGAUGAGAAUGUUUUAGAAACCGCUCAUGAACCUUCAGCCGAACAAAAGCUCAUUAAAGAUCCUUUCGUAGCUGAAAGAAUUCGAGAUGGCAACUGA